UAGAAAAUAAAAUGUUUAAUUCGUACUGUCUAAUUUUUAACUGUUUAAUCACUUUUAUCACAUUGCAAAAUGUCGAGGGUAGUGUCUCUUUCCCAAAAGAUUUUAUAUUUGGAGUAGCUACUUCAGCGUACCAAAUCGAAGGAGCAUGGAAUGAAAGUGAAAAGAGUGAAAGUAAUUGGGAUUAUAAAACGCAUUUUUAUCCUGAAAAUGUAAAUGAUCAUUCAAAUGGUGAUAUAGCGUGUGAUUCUUAUCAUCAAAUCGAUGAAGAUUUAAAAAUCAUUCGUGAGUUAGGUGUACAAUCAUAUAGAUUUUCAAUAGCAUGGACACGAAUUUUACCGGAUGGUUUUUCGAAUCGUGUAAAUGAAGAUGGCAUACGCUACUAUAAUAAAUUAAUCGAUGGAUUACUUCGGUACAACAUUACCCCAUCAGUUACUAUUUAUCAUUGGGAUCAUCCACAAUCGUUGCAAGAAAUGGGUGGUUGGACAAAUACACUGAUGAUUGAUUUGUUUGCAGAUUAUGCAAGAAUAGCUUUUGAAUAUUUUGGCGAUCGUGUCAAACAUUGGAUUACUUUUAAUGAACCAGAUUUAUUUUGUAGUGAUAUCAAAAGAGGAACUGUUUUCUCUGAUGGUUUUGGGCGUUAUUUAUGUGCUUACAUAAUGUUAAAGGCACAUGCUAAAACAUAUCAUAUUUAUAAAAAUGAAUACUAUAUUAAACAAAAAGGCAAAAUUGGUAUAACAUACAGCUCAACUUGGCAUGAACCAAAAACAAAUAGUACUGAAGAUAUAGCGGCUGCAAAACGCGCUCUUGAAUUUGAACUAGGUUUGUUUGCAAAUGCAAUAUUCUCGAAAGAUGGAGAUUUUCCAAAAAUUGUAAAAGAACGUGUUGCGUUCAUGAGUGCUCGACAAAAUUUUUCAAAAUCACGAUUACCAGAGUUGACAUCCGAAGAAAUAAAAACUAUACAUGGUACAGCUGACUUUUUUGGUAUUAACCACUAUACAUCAGAUUUAGUGUCGGAUCCAUCUUGGGAAAGCUUCGAAGUUUCUUAUGAUGUCGAUGUUCAUGUGGAUAGAGGCGUAGAUCCAUCUUGGCCUGGGAGUGAAAGUGGUUGGUUAAGAGAUGUUCCAUGGGGACUACAUCAUUUACUAGUAUACAUCAAGGACACGUAUAAUAAUCCAAUAGUUUAUAUCACAGAAAAUGGAUUCUCUCAGUUUGAGCUACAGGAUGAUGGACGUGUUAAUUAUUUCAAAGGAUACUUGGAAAGUGUAGCCAAUGCAAUUGCAGAAGGAUGUAAUGUUCUUGGAUAUUACGCAUGGAGUUUAAUGGAUAACUUUGAAUGGAAUGCUGGAUAUACACAUCAUUUUGGAUUAUACCAUGUGAAUUUCAGCGAUCCAAAUCGUGCACGUACUCCAAGAAGAUCGGCUUUUUGGUACAAAGAUUUUAUAACGGAUCAAAAAAGUUAGUAAUUUAACAAUCUUGUAUUUUUUG